AUGCCCCUGGUCACGUCACCACCACGAUCCACGCGUGUUACCGUUGUUUGGCCGGCCGGCCCUUCUGGUUUAUCCGUCGAGGGGGGUUCUACACCUGCUGCUGCUGAUCUGAAAGGACCCGCGUCGUCUCGACAUGGGUGUGAACAGAAGCCCAAAGUGUGGAUCAAGGAGGAGAGUCCCCAGGAGGAGAAUGAUUAUGAGGAUAAGGAGGAGGAGGCCCAACGCCAUGCGCCGCACGACUUUUUGGUUAAAGACGACGCAGACAGGCUGGCAAGCAAUGCAGCUCGUUUCCCACGGCCAUCAUACUACGAGGAUGGGAGGGUUUCUGGUGGGAGGAUCAGGAGGAGACGUUUGUCGUCACCACGUCCAGCACCGACCAAGUUGAGUGGAGUGGCAUCACGCCAGCCCGAGAAUUAUGAGAGUUAUGAUAUUGAUGAAGACGAAAACUCGGAACUCAUGGACGCUAUUUUGGAGGAUAUGGGCAGGUUGACCGUUACCAUGAAAAUGGACGAUACAGGACGCUGGAGGAUAUUAUGGAAGUCUAGAGAGCUCGACAUCUGA